GUCGCAAACAGGUGAUCGUCGUGCUAUGAGCAAGUGCUGCAAAGUGUUUCGAGAAGACUCUAUAAAAAAUAAAAAGAAUUUACACCUUAUUUGUGUGCUUGAACAAACUUAACCAAAAUGACGAACCAUCGUCGUGUGCGCAAGGAUUGCUACGAGAGCCGAUUGCAUGAUAUAGCCAAAACGUGUGCCAUGAAGGAGAAAAGCAAAAAUGCGGCACGCACGCGACGUGAAAAGGAAAACACGGAAUUCUGUGAAUUGGCCAAAUUAUUGCCAUUGCCAGCGGCGAUUACAUCACAGCUGGACAAGGCAUCCGUCAUACGUUUGACCACAUCCUAUUUGAAAAUGCGCCAAGUUUUUCCGGAUGGACUCGGUGAAGCGUGGGGCUCCUCGCCAGCAAUGCAGCGCGGCGCAACCAUCAAGGAGUUGGGCUCACAUCUGCUGCAGACACUGGACGGCUUCAUCUUUGUGGUGGCACCGGAUGGCAAAAUCAUGUACAUCUCGGAGACAGCCUCGGUGCAUUUGGGUCUCAGCCAGGUCGAGCUGACGGGCAACUCCAUAUUCGAGUAUAUACACAGCUACGAUCAGGACGAGAUGAAUGCCAUAUUGUCCCUGCACCCGCACAUGCAUCAGCAUCCACUCGCCCAGACGCACACGCCCAUUGGCAGCCCGAAUGGUGUGCAGCAUCCGGCAGCAUAUGGCCACGAUCGCGGUUCCCAUACGAUCGAGAUCGAGAAGACCUUCUUCCUGCGCAUGAAAUGUGUUUUGGCCAAGCGCAAUGCGGGCCUCACAACCUCCGGCUUUAAGGUGAUACACUGUUCCGGCUAUUUGAAGGCGCGUAUUUAUCCGGACUGUGGGGAUGGCCAGGGCAGCCUUAUACAGAAUCUCGGCCUGGUUGCCGUCGGUCACUCGCUGCCUUCAUCUGCCAUUACGGAAAUCAAAUUGCAUCAGAAUAUGUUUAUGUUUCGCGCAAAACUUGACAUGAAGCUCAUCUUUUUCGAUGCACGCGUAUCGCAGCUAACCGGCUACGAGCCGCAGGACCUUAUCGAGAAGACGCUUUAUCAGUACAUCCAUGCCGCGGACAUAAUGGCCAUGCGCUGCUCCCAUCAAAUCCUGCUGUACAAAGGACAAGUUACCACCAAAUAUUAUCGCUUCCUGACCAAAGGCGGCGGCUGGGUCUGGGUGCAAUCCUACGCCACACUUGUGCACAACUCGCGAUCCUCGCGCGAGGUCUUCAUUGUGAGCGUCAACUAUGUGCUCAGCGAGAGAGAGGUGAAAGACUUGGUGCUUAACGAGAUACAAACGGGCGUGGUUAAACGUGAGCCCAUCUCUCCGGCGGCCCAGGCGGCGGCAGUUGCCGCUGCGGCCGCCAGCGCAUCGGCAGCGGCAGCAGCAGCCGCGGCGGCAGCAGCGGCCUCCGUCAGCAUAGGCGCCACCUGCGUUGCGGCGCAGCAGCCGGUUACGAGCACGCCCGCGCUGAGCGUCAGUCCCAAGCUGGAUCCCUACUUUGAGCCGGAGCUGCCGCUGGCGGUGCAGCCGCCGCCGCCCAAUGCGGUCACGCCCGUGCCAACAAACAACAAUAAUAACAACAACAAUAACAACAACAGCAGCUCCGGCGUGUGGCAUCAGCAGCAUGCCCCGCUGCAUCAGCAGCAGGCGGGCAGCAUGGAUCACGACAGUCUCAGCUAUACGCAGCUCUAUCCGCCGCUCAACGAUCUGGUGGUUAGCUCGAGCAGCAGUGCGGGCGGCGGCACCGCUUCCAGCGCCGGCGGCGGCUCCAGUGCAUCGGCCUCAUCCUCGGGCGUUUAUUCAACGGAAAUGCAAUAUCCGGAUACGACAACGGGCAGCCUCUACUACAACAACAACAAUCAUUAUUAUUAUGACUAUGAUGCCACGGUGGAUGUGGCCACGUCCAUGAUGCGACCCUUUUCGGCCAACUCGAAUAGCUGUUCGAGCAGCUCGGAGAGCGAUCGCCAGCUGUCCACGGGCAAUGCGUCCAUUGUGAAUGGCACCUCGCCCUCGCAGACUACCUACAGCGAUCUGAGUCACAAUUUUGAGCUGAGCUACUUCUCCGACAACAGCUCCCAGCAGCAGCAGCAGCAGCAACAGCAGCAACAUUUGCUGGAGCAUCAGCAUUUGCAGCAGCAGCAGCAAGUGACCGAAUGA